AUGUCAAAGCCAUCAUCUUCGUCCAUCGUCCGGUAUUAUUUCUUGUUUUUUCGCUUGUCUGGACAGAGACUUUUGUUCAUUUUGGACUUCUUUUACUCUUGGAGGACAUCUUUUUUUUUUAUUCGUUUUCCCUCUGAAUCCAAUACCAUUUUUCGGAUUUCUACAUUUAUAGUUUCUUCUUUUUCCUUUUCUUUUUUCUUUCGUACUUUUAAUUUUUUGCCUUGUUAUUUUUACUUCUUCUUUUCUCUUUCUUUUUCUUUUCUUUUUCCUUUUUUCUGCAUUUGUUGUUCGUUUUAUUUCUUCUUUUUUCUCUAUUUUCUUUCUUUUUCAUCUUACUACUUUUCCUUCUUUCUUUCCUUUUUUUUCUUUCAUUCAUCCCUUUUUCUUCUUCUUCUUCUUCCUCUUCAUUUACACAAUGUUUUUAUUUUUUUCCUCUUUAACUGUUCAUUUUUCUCUUCGUUUUCUUUUUGUCAUUCAUUUCUUUUCUCAUUUAGUUUUAUUUUAAGCAGCAUGUCUUACAUCUUCCUUCUGUUCAAAUCUAUCUAUCUAUCUAUCUAUCUAUCUAUCUAUCUAUCUAUCUAUCUAAGUCCCUUCACAUCUAUCUAUCUAUCUAUCUAUCUAUCUAUCUAUCUAUCUAUCUCAGUCUUUUCACAUCUAUCUAUCUAUCUAUCUAUCUAUCUAUCUCAGUCUGUUCAUUAUCUAUCUAUCUAUCACUCUCUUCACAUCUAUCUAUCUAUCUAUCUAUCUCAGUCUGUUCAUAUCUAUCUAUCUAUCUAUCUAUCUAUCUAUCUAUCUCAGUCUCUUCAUAUCUAUCUAUCUAUCUAUCUAUCUAUCUAUCUAUCUAUCUAUCUAUCUCAGUCUCUUCCUAUCUAUCUAUCUAUCUAUCUAUCUAUCUAUCUAUCUAUCUAUCUAUCUAUCUAUCUAUCGUUUGUCAGGAACCUAGUCUUUUUCUCCAUUUCUGAUUUCUUUCAAUUUCUUUUCUCUUUCUCUCUCCCCCACUCUCUCUCUCUCAUUCUCCCUCACUCUCUCUCUUUCUCUCCUCUUCUCCCUCCCUCUCUUUCUCCCUCCCUCUCUCUCUCCCUUCUUCUGCCCCUCUCUCCGGCUAUCUUUCUUUCUUAUUUCUUUGGAUUUUUGAUUAAUUGUCGACCCAAUAUUUUCUUUUUGCCGCAAGCUUCAAUUCCGGCACCCAUAAUCUUCCCAAUUGCUGCUGCUGCUGCUGCUGCUGCUGUUGCUUCUUCUUCUUCUUCUUCUUCUUCUUCUUCUUCUUCUUCUUCUUCUUCUUCCUUCCUUCCUUCCUUCCUUCCUUCCUUCUUCUUCUUCUUCUUCUUCCUUCUUCUUCUUCUUCCUCCUUCUUCACCUUCUUCUUCUUCAACUUCGUCUUCUUCCUCCUCCUCCUCCCCCUUCUUUCUUCUUCUUCCCCUUUCACCUUCUUCUUCUUCAACUUCGUCUUCUUCUUCCUCCUCCUCCCCUUCUUUCUUCUUCUUCUUCCUCUUUCUCCUUCUUCCUCCUUCUUUUUCCUCCUCCUCCUUUUUCUUCUUCCUCCCUCUUCUUCCUCCUCCUCCUUCUUCCUCCUUCUUCCUCCCCUUCUUCUUCCUUCUUCCUCCUCCUCCUCCUUCUUCUUCUUCCUCCUUCUUUUUCUUCCUUCUUUUUCUUCUUCUUCCUUCUUCUUCUUCCUCCUCCUCCUUCUUUCUUCUUCUUUUUCUUCCUUCUUUUUCUUCUUCUUCCUCUUUCUUCUUCUUCCUCCUCCCCCUUCUUCCUCCUUCUUCUUCCUUCUUCCUCUUCCUCCUCCUUCUUCUUCCUCCUUCUUCUUCCUCCUUCUUUUUCUUCUUCUUCUUUUCUUUCUUCUUCCUCCUCUUUCUUCUUCUUCUUCUUCUUUGUUUAUUUAUUUCUUUUUCCCCUUUUUUCUCUAUUUUUCUUCUUCGCCUUGUUAUCUCAUUUUUCUUCGUUUCUUUUCCUAUUUUUUUCUUUUUCAUCUCUUUUUCCUUCCUUUCUUAA